GUCAAGUGUCAGUAGUCGCGGGGCAGGUACGCGCGCUCGCAGCUUUCUGGUGCAGCUCGGAGGUGGCGGGAGCGGGUUCCGGCCGAGCGAGAGAGCUCUGGGGCGGGGCGGGAGAAAGUGGCGGCCGGAGGACCUCGGCGGUGACGCGUGGCCGAGCCCAGGAGUCCCGAUCUACGUGCCCGCCUUCGUGAGCCGCUGGCCUCCGGCCCAAGGGUCCCCCCCGCAGCGGCCCCCGCGCCGAGUCCGUCGUCCCGAGCCAGCCCGGGCGAGGUGGGAAUCGCGAUCGCCCCGUGCCCCGCGCCUGCAACCACCCCCCUUGACCGCCCAUGGCUACGCGGGUGCUGACCAUGAGCGCCCGCCUGGGACCCGUGCCCCAGCCGCCGGCCACGCAGGACGAGCCGGUGUUCGCGCAGCUCAAGCCGGUGCUGGGCGCUGCGAACCCGGCCCGCGACGCGGCGCUCUUCCCCGGAGACGAUCUGAAACACGCGCACCACCACCCGCCUGCGCAGCCCGCGCCGCCGCCAGCCGCCGGCCCACGGCUGCCCUCGGAGGAGCUGGUCCAGACAAGAUGUGAGAUGGAGAAGUACCUGACACCUCAGCUCCCCCCAGUUCCAAUAAUCCCAGAGCAUAAGAAGUACCGACGAGACAGCGCUUCCGUGGUAGACCAGUUCUUCACUGACAGCGAGGGCUUACCUUACAGUAUCAACAUGAACGUCUUCCUCCCCGACAUCACUCACCUGAGAACUGGCCUCUACAAAUCCCAGAGACCGUGUGUGACACAGAUCAAGACCGAACCUGUUACCAUUUUCAGCCACCAGAGCGAGACGACGGCCCCCCCUCCUCCAGCCCCGACCCAGGCCCUCCCCGAGUUCACCAGUAUAUUCAGUUCCCACCAAACCACAGCUCCAGAGGUGAACAACAUCUUCAUCAAACAAGAACUUUCUACCCCAGAUCUUCAUCUCUCUGUCCCUUCCCAGCAGGGCCACCUGUACCAGCUAUUGAAUACACCGGAUCUAGACAUGCCCAGUUCUACAAACCAGACGGCAGUAAUGGACACCCUGAAUGUUUCUAUGUCAGCCGCCAUGGCAGGCCUCAACACACACACUUCUGCUGUCCCGCAGACUACGAUGAAACAGUUCCAGGGCAUGCCCCCUUGCACGUACACCAUGCCAAGUCAGUUUCUUCCACAGCAGGCCACUUACUUUCCCCCGUCCCCACCGAGCUCAGAGCCUGGGAGUCCCGAUAGACAAGCCGAGAUGCUCCAGAAUUUAACUCCUCCUCCGUCCUAUGCUGCUACAAUUGCUUCUAAACUGGCAAUUCACAAUCCGAAUUUACCCGCCACUCUGCCAGUCAACUCACCGAGUAUCCAACCCGUCAGAUACAACAGGAGGAGUAACCCCGAUCUGGAGAAAAGACGCAUCCACUACUGUGAUUACCCCGGUUGCACUAAAGUUUAUACAAAGUCGUCCCAUUUGAAAGCUCACCUGAGGACUCACACGGGGGAGAAGCCCUACAAGUGCACCUGGGAGGGCUGCGACUGGAGGUUUGCGCGGUCGGACGAGCUGACCCGCCACUACAGGAAACACACGGGUGCCAAGCCGUUCCAGUGCGGCGUGUGCAACCGCAGCUUCUCCCGCUCCGACCACCUGGCGCUGCACAUGAAGCGACACCAGAACUGAGCGCGGCGCUGACCGCCCGACGCCUCGCAGUCCGCUCUGCCACCCUUUAAACCGCAGACCUAACUUCAUAUAUAAAAAGAGGAAAAGAAAAGAAAAAAACAAAAGAACUGGAAAUGUAUAUUUUGUAUAUUUGAGGCCACAGGGAAUACAUUGUAUUCAUACCAAAGUGUUUGGUUAUUUUGAGAACCUGGAAGCUUGCUGUCACGCUCACUGCUGGCUUUAGUCCAGCAAACUUCAUCUCCAGACAGGCUGCCACAUCUCAGCAUGGGGAACCGGUGGGGGCGCACGGGGUGCGUAUGCUGUUUCUAUGCCGACUGCACACGCUAUCAUUGGUGACAUUGUUUAGUAUAAACAAACCAGUUGACAGGCAUCCGACAGAUUGUCAAGAUUUUACUUGACAUGGACUUGUUUUUUUUUUUUUUUCUUCGAGAUUAGAUUAUUUCCAUAGCGGAGGUACGCAGUGUACCUGGCAAUUCACAAAUAGCCAUUGAACAAAUGUGUUUUGUUUUUGUUUUUGUUUUUUUUUUAUAUGAGUUGCCUAUAUUUGCUAUUCAAAAUUUUGUAAAUACGCAAAUCAGCUUUAUAGGUUUAUUACAAGUUUUUAAGGAUUGUUUUGGGGGGGGAUAUCACACUUCUUUUGAAAAUAACUAUGAAUACAUGUAAAGGUAGAAUUUGUGGUUAAGAUACCUCUCAAAAAAGUUACCAAAUCCAUUGCUUUGGGGAGGGAAUAAUCAUUCGAAUGAGUAAAAUGCAAAUUACGCUCUCUGAUUGAAAUAAGAUUGUUUAUUUUAAAUAUGAAAGAUUUUUUAUAUGGAUUUAAACUGAAGAGCUUAAAGAUAGUUAGAAUACACAGAUAUUAAAGGUCUUACCAUAAUUAAACAGUAUCAUUGAAGUGGGUGAGGGCUGGUGUGGCUGUCACACGUGUCCUUGUUGACCUUCAGGCUCUGUUUGCACUCGUGAAAGCAUUGAAUCUGGUGCAGUUCAUGUUGACUGGGAUGUUUGCUCCUGCAGUACUGUUGGUUAAAUGACAAUUUAUGUGGCUUUUUGCAUGUAAUAUCCAGUGAGACACAGUAAUUUUUAUUGAAAUUACAGUGCUGUGUAGUUAAUCUGUUAAUACUGACUCGGUGUCUGCCUUUAAUAUCAGUGAUAGGUUGAAAGCUUACCAAUAUGCAAUCUCAUAGGAAUGUGACGUUGAUGCUGUUAACCAAAGGGCAGAAAUCAUAAGCAAAAUGCCAAAAGCGGUCUUAAUUGAAAUUUUAAUUCUUGUUUUUAAAAUAUUGUUUAUCAUUAUUUAUUUUGUGGUAAUAUAGUAAGUUUUUUUAGAAAACAAUUUUCAUAACUUGAUAAAUUAUAGUUUUGUUUGUUAGAAAAGUUGCUUCACUGUGUAAAUAAGUGACAAACGGUGUAAAUAGUUUUGUAAGAGGCUUCGAGAUGUUUAUACGUGGACACACCUACAUCAAAAGCGUAAAUCGGCUGCUGUUUUGCUUCUUUGUCCCUUAUUUUUGUAUUGUGGUCAUUUCCUAUGCAAAUAUCGGAGCAAACAGCUGUAUAGUUGUAGAAUUUUUUGAGAGAAUGAGAUGUUUAUAUAUUAACGACAAUUUUUUUUUGAAAAUAAAAAGUGCCUAAAAGA